AUGGCUGGAAAACCGAAGAUUUGCAUCAUUGGUUCGUUGAACAUCGAUUUCGUGACCUCAACACCCCGGAUACCUGGGCCUGGAGAGACUCUCACUGCGACAUCCAUGACAGUGCAUCCUGGUGGCAAGGGUGCAAACCAAGCUGUUGCGUGUGGGAAGGCUGCAUUCACUGCACCAGGCUCUCAAGAUGUUGCUGUUGAGAUGUUCGGGGCGGUGGGAGCAGAUGACCCAUACUAUUCCUCUUUGCUCAAACCGACGCUGGAGAAGAGUGGCGUCAGUACUGCUGGUAUUGAACAGGUAGUUGGAACUGGGGGUCAAACGGGUACGGCUACAAUACUGGUCGAUGAAGGGUCGAGCGGAGAAAACAGGAUCCUGGUCGUUCCGGGAGCCAAUGCUACAGUCACGGAUGCCAAAGCGGUACGCGACGCCGUGAUGGAGCACCAAGUACCGGACGUCGUGGUUAUGCAAGGGGAGAUACCUCGGAAGACUGUGCUAGAAUUGCUCGAGAUGUUUAAUUCAAGCGACCUCCAGACUUGCGUGGUCUUCAACCCGGCGCCAAUGUUUCCAGAUGGUAUCACACUCGAAGCACUCAAAAGCCUUGCCGUGCUGGUUGUCAACGAGACGGAGUGCCGUCAACUCUUCGCCUCAAGCAAGGGGCUUGACAGCGGUAAAGUCUCUGGCGACGAAGACGAGUCCAUGGAUGUCGCCGAACUGGAACAGCUGACGACCUCUCUCCAUGAAAAAGCCAAGAUCAGUAUCAUUCUUGUGACGCUUGGUGCUCGCGGUGCCUAUUUCUCACACUCUACUGGGACAGCAGGUGUUAAGGAUAAGGGGCUGAUCUCGGCUGCGAAAGUGGAUAGAGUUGUCGACACAACAGCGGCUGGUGAUUCUUUUGUGGGAUAUUUUGCAUCGGCACUUGCACGACAUCUUGCGCAUACAACGAGCCUAGACGAUUUCAAUGUCAAGCAGGCGGCCACGAACGCGAACCAGGCCGCAGCCAAGUGUGUACAGAGGAGGGGAGCAAUGGAGAGUAUACCAUGGGGCUACGAGUAG